UUUAACAUGAGCACGGAAACAUUUACCCGUGUAGAGUUUUUAUUUUUACUGUGUCUUCUAAUGUCGAGGGUAAAGGAUAUCAAAGUCUUAGCUUUCAUACAACUUUAAAGUUCUAAAUACCAAGCUUAGUAUAAGUGAAGAGCCUGGAUUUUGUGAGCAAGAAUUUGUAAAUUAUAAGUCGCUUGUCAAUCAAGUACGCACUUCUGACACGAACACGAAAGUGGAGAUGUUUUGAGCACGGCAAACUGCUGUACUGCAGAAAACAGUUUGAUUUUACGAGGGAAGAACGAUCAAAAAGAGUUAUGGAAACAAAUAAUAUCGCAACGUUUAUUAGGGAUCGUGAAGUCAAGUCGUCCAUCACGCGAGCUUUCCAGAGAAGAUUUCAACUCCAUCAACCUUUUGUUGAAAGGCUUGGACUCGAAACAGAGCUCGAGGGUCAUUCUGGAUGUGUUAAUUGUUUGGAGUGGAAUGAAAAUGGAAAUCUUCUUUUGUCUGGUUCAGAUGAUCUAAAUGCUAUAUUAUGGGACCCUCUGAGACGUCACAAAAAGUGCUGCAUUAAAACAGGCCACUCAGGAAACAUCUUCUCUGUCAAGUUCUUGCCACAGAUUGGAGCUCGAAUAAUUGCAACAGCUGCUGCCGAUGCUAAAGUUCAGAUUCAUACAGUGGAAACACAAGAAACAUCACAGGUAUAUAAAUGUCAUAUUGGACGUGUGAAGAGACUAGCUACAGCUCCAGAUACUCCGUAUAUGUUGUGGAGUGCAUCUGAAGAUGGAACCAUAAGGCAAUUUGAUUUGCGGCAACCUCACAACUGUAAUACAAGCAGUAAGAACUGCAAGAAUGUACUCAUAAAUCUCAACAUUUAUGUUGGUGCCAUGGCAGAGGCAAAGUGUCUAGCAAUAAAUCCUUUACAACCUGAACUUCUUGCUGUUGGCUGCAAUGAUCCUUUUGUGCGAUUAUAUGACCACAGAAUGUUAGCAUCUUAUAGUUUGUCUGCUGAGGUCAAGAGACCCUCUAGUGGUAACAGCAGCUGUACUGAGGAUUUAAAGCUUCCCCCUGGUUGUGUUCAGUACUUUGCUCCUGGCCAUUUGCCACCACAGCUAAGCAAAGAUUCACGGAGACGAUUUCGAGCCUAUGUUGCCACCUAUGUGAAUUUUUCACCAAAUGGAUGUGAACUUAUUGCAAAUUUAGGUGGUGAACAAAUAUAUUUGUUUGAUAUUAAACGCCAUCGCAAAGCCAUGAGGUAUCAAGGUUUUAAUGGACUUUGUUCAUCACCUACAUCGAAUGGUGUGGUGAAAAAUGUAGUAGGUAAUUUUGGUAUUCCUUCAGGGAAAAAUGGAUUUUUAAAUUCUCUUAAUGGAUCUACAAAUGGUUACAAGGUCCCAGCCUUAAAUGGAAAGAAAACUGUCUCAGAGAAAAGAUCUUCAAAGCCUAUAAGUGGCUGCAGUUAUUCAACUAACACCUCCCAGCAAUUGCCCCUGAAAGCACUUCAACUUAAGGAGAAAGGGAAUGAUGCCUUCUGCCAACAACAGUUUUGGACAGCAGUUAACUUGUAUAAUGAAGCAAUAGUCCAUGCGUCUGAUUCUGCUGUCCUAUAUGCAAACAGGGCUGCUGCUUAUAUUAAGAGGGCUUGGGAUGGGGACAUUUAUGCUGCUUUGCGUGACUGCUACAGAGCUCUGGGAUUAGACCCAAAUCAUACUAAGGCCCAUUUUCGUCAAGCUCGAUGUUUGUAUGAACUACACUGGUUCCAGGAGGCCCUCUCCUGCCUCAAUCAUUUCAAGUUAAAAUUUCCAGAGCAAGCAGAAGGAAGUGCAGCAAAAACAUUAGAGAGAGAUAUCAGAGCUGCUGCAUUUGCUGAGACUUGUGAAAACAGUGAAGGAGAGUCAAAUGCUCAGUCUGAACCACUUCCAAAUCGGCGCAGGAGACGGCCUAGCAUUGUGUCUGAUCAAGAGAAAGAAUUUCGAGCUGGAGCACUUGAUUACGAUCGGCGGUUCUGUGGACAUUGUAACACAACUACAGAUAUAAAAGAGUCCAACUUUUUUGGCAACAAUGGACAGUUUAUUGUGGCAGGCAGUGAUGAUGGUUCAUUUUUCAUGUGGGACAAAGAGACAACAAAUUUAGUGAGAGUUCUAAAGGGAGAUGAUUCUAUUGUGAAUUGCUUGCAACCACAUCCAAGCAUGUGUCUUCUGGCUACAAGUGGAAUUGAUCCUGUAAUCAGAUUGUGGAGUCCAUGUCCAAGGAGUGGAGAUAUACAAGAUAGACUUAUAGAUGAAGUUGAAGCUGCUGCAAGGGCAAAUCAGCGUAGAAUGAAUGCUGAUCCUUUGGAAGUGAUGCUUAUGAACAUGGGAUACAGAUCAAGAUUCACCAUGGGAGAGGGUAGUGAUGAAGAUGACACUGAAACCCCAAUACAGUGUCGUACUAGUUAGACAACAAAUUUAUUUUACCAUUCAAUAAAACUAGAACUCACCCAAAUAGGUCAUGUGUGGAUGUAAGAUACUUGCAAAAUAAGCUGUCCAGUUUUGGACAUAUAGUGUAAAAACAAAUGGAAUUACAAGUUUUUACUGAUCAAAAAUAACCCAUCCUCUCUCCUCAAUUUCUUCCCUUUCCUUCAGCCAUCAAUUCAUGGAUGUAGUCUCCCUCAAGCUUGUUUUUGAUUGAAUGGGUAUCAAUGACAGUGACUCCCUGGUGAUGGCUGCAAAGGAAUGCUGAGCUUUGGACAAGGUGGAUGGGUAUUUUUUAAAAUCAGUCAUGAAUGUCAUCUUGUUUAAAGUGGUCAGAAAUGUUUUGGAUUACAUGCGAUACAUGUUUUUCCAGGCCAACUAGGGUAACAAAUUUAAAGCCUUUUUUCCAAGAAAUGAAAGUUGCUGCCAUUGACCCCUCUAGUCCUUUGUUAAAAGCUUACUAAUUUAACUAAGGAUAGUUGUCCAAUACCAGGUGAUAACACAUUUGACCUUGCCAGGACAAGUAGCUGACCAGCUGUUUGUUGACCAUACUCAGGUCUUCCAAACCCUCCAGAAUGUUGUUUGGGAGAGUUUUGAUGUCAUGGCUUUUGUGUUGCAUUUUUAUUUAAAUGAACCCAAGACACAAAUGUCACUGAGGGAUAGUAUCUUGGUUUUCUUAGAUUGCUCUGGUGAGUUUUUGAUAUGCUAAUUGGACAUUUUAUAUGACAUCAACAAUGAGGUUACCUUUGAUUCCAAAAUUUAUCACUUAAUUUGUUUUUUAUACUCGGUAGAUUUCUUUGUAGGAAAAGCUAACAAUGAAUGGUACUGAAGUAAUUAUCAACUAUGGAAGCUGAUUUAAACUUCUUCGAUGUAUGGCUGCACAUCAUAGAUAGUCAGAAAUGGGGAUAUGGUUUACAACGAAUUUAAUUCUCAAACCUAACUUGUAGUUAAGAUAUUUUUGCAAACAUUGGCAACCAUAUUAUUGAUGGCUCCAAGUGAAAUUUAAAGGUCUCUCCUGUACAUUUCUGGGCAUUUGUCCCCUAUGUACAUUUCCAAGUACAUUUUUUUUUGUAAUUUCAAGUUUUAGGAGUGAAAAAAUAAACUGUGAUAACAUGCUUCUAAGCUGUCUUCACCACUGUAAUGAGCACACUCUAAACACAAUAAAUUGCUGAGAAAAUGGUCAAGGCAGUGAAUGACCUAUAUUAGA